AGGAAAUUGUUGUGUACUCCCUUUUACUCGUAUGAUGAGAUAGAAGGAGUAAAUGAGAUGAAGACAAAGGAAACUGUGGGUCAUAAAUUCUCGGAUAUUCUCAGCAUAGGCAUCCUUAAAGUUUUAACCUUUUCUUUCCACUUUCUAAAAUCUCUUUCUCUCACCCCCCAUAAGCUUCUUUCUCUAUUCUUUGUUUUUUACAUAUGGAGAUUCAACAAACCAACCAAAUCCCUUCUCAACUUAACAGAUUCAAGGUGGAUGAAAUGCAUGACAUUAACAUUAUCGAAUGGAACAAGAAAAGAAAAUUACAUGGUUAUCAGUUGGAUUUGCUUAGACCGAAAAAUAAAUGCCGGGUUGAGAAUGUUUCUUCUGAAGGUGCAUCGAUGUUGAAUGAAAGUUCAAUUUUAGAGAGUGCGGACAACCACACGGUUAAUAGCAGAGUCGAUGCUUCAUCCGCUGAAGAUAGAUCCGAACCCGAAUCUGCCAAAGACAGCAAUAGUUUCAUUGAAGAUUCUGAUACUUCCAUGUCUGUAAAUGAGGAAGCCAAACCUGAUGCAGAUUGUGCAAAUGCAUACCUCUGUGUUAAUAGGUUGAGCUAUAGUGAAGAGGAAACAUUUAUUGAUAGAAAAUACAAUCCAUCCUACGAUGAUCUCGAUACACAAGCUUUGGAGAAUCCUGAGGAGCGUCUUCUUCGAUUAGGAACCCUUUCAGAUCAUGUAUAUUCGGAGUAUGAUAAAGACAACAUUGAUCAAUCUGUAGAUAAGGAAUUUGAAGAUUUUCUUUGUUCGAAUGGAGUGAAUCCUGACACAUAUGUUCUUUCGUCUGGAAGAUGGGAUGUAAACCAAGAAGCUCAAUCAAGCACAAGACCACCGACAAUCGAUCAAGAAUUUGAGGAGUAUUUUUCCGCACUUAUGCUCUAGCAGAAAUUAUAAAAGAGUAGUAGAUCUAUGUAUAGUUCUGAGAAUAGAUGUUGUGUGCAUUACUCGAAUGACGAUUUGCAAGAAUGGUUAUCCUGAUUACUCUAUAACCUCUUCAGAAGGUAAUACAAAUAUUUCUUCUUUCGCAUCAUCGGUGUUACCUUUUACCUGAUUGAGAAGAGGAAGAAACCAACUAACCUGAACAACGGCUGCAUACAGUCUUGACGUGUUAGGGAUCGAAAAAAUAAGGAUAAAAAAGAGGACAUGCAACCUUUGAAUGAAUUCCUGCAAGAGAAAUUGAGACCUUUUUGUCGUUGGGGACUUGAAUAAGCGAAAUUCUCUGAUUAUUAAACCUUAAUUUACUCCUGCGGUGCCAUAUUUGCAAAGUAAAAUUUGCAAUAGCAGCUAGAACAAUAUACUGCAAUUAGGAACUCCAUGAGUUGUUGAGUUUCUCCAAACUAGUCUGUCCUCAUAGUUAGUGUUAUUUUUCUUGUGUUUUGGACAUUGAGUAGAGCAAAUAACAUAGUAAUUUAAAGAUGCAGGUGAAACUGUUCUUGAUACUAAUUCUAAUACUAUUCAAUGUGAUGAUUUGAAAAUGAAGCCACCUUACAUUUAUAUA